ACAACUUCUGAUCCGGAUUGUAUUGAGGUGACGAUGACAUGAUCGGAGAGGCUAAUUUUAGGAAAUUUGGACAAGGAAGAAAUAACUUGGCGACGAGGCGGUCUUGCGUUGUUCUACUUGGAUCACCAUUUUGGAGCACGACUGCGGAUUUUCUGGAGCCUAAUGGAGGAACCUAAAUUCGAAGGAGAAGAAGAAGAGAAGCCUCAGGUGGGUAUUGAAGCUGGCCCGCUUGAGAAGCCAUGUUUGACAAAGAAUCUGUGCAGGAAGGAGAAGAGGAAGGCGUUGAAGAAGAUGAAACGGAAGCAAUUAAGGAAAGAGGUAGCACUGAAAAAGCUCCAGGAAGAGGAGGCGCGGUCGAACGAUGAUGAAAAUGAAAAUGAGUUUGGUGAGGAAGAUGGUUGGGAAUACAUAGAAGGGCCUGCAGAAGUAAUCUGGAAAGGAGAAGAGAUAAUUCUGAAGAAGAAACUAAUUAAGGUUCCUAAGAAGAGUGUUGAACCUCAGAAAAGCCUAGAGGAUGCUCAUAGGCCUACGUCAAACCCUCUUCCUCCACAAUCUGAAGCUUUUACCGAUUAUAAGAAUGCAACAAUUUCAUCUAGACAAGUGAUUGAGGAUGUUGCAAGCCAAGUGCCAAAUUUUGGAACGGAACAGGAUAAAUCACAUUGUCCAUUCCAUCUAAAAACUGGAGCUUGUCGAUUUGGUCAGCGUUGUAGCAGAAUUCACUUCUACCCUGACAAUUCAUGUACAUUGCUUAUCAAGAACAUGUACAAUGGUCCUGGCCUUGCUUGGGAGCAAGACGAGGGGCUGGAGUUUACAGAUGAGGAAGUUGAACGCUGUUAUGAAGAAUUUUACGAGGAUGUGCACACUGAGUUUUUGAAGUAUGGGGAAAUUGUAAAUUUCAAGGUGUGUAAAAAUGGCUCUUUCCACUUGAGGGGAAACCUUUAUGUGCACUAUAAGUAAUAUGUGAAUUUGUAAAUAUUACUAGAUGGAAGAUAGCUAUAUGUGGGGAAUUUAUGAAGACCAGGUACAAGACGUGUUCUCAUGGAACAGCUUGUAAUUUCAUCCAUUGUUUUCGAAAUCCUGGUGGGGACUAUGAGUGGGCUGACAGUGACAAACCACCCCCACGAUAUUGGGUGAAAAAGAUGGCUUCUUUGUUUGGUUAUGUAGAUGAAUCUGGAAAUGACAAACAUACUGAGCUCGAACAUUGGGACAAGCUUGGAAAAUCCAGAAAGUCAAUGUCAACAGAUGUAGACGACAGAUAUUAUUCAAGAAGAUCUAAAUCUAGAAGUCUGGACCAUGGUUCUGGAAGAAGGAGAAACGGUGAAAUUGACUAUAGAUGGACCAGGCAUUCUCGUAGAGAAAAAGUUGAUGAGAGGCAGAAAAGUUUGGACAAGGAAGCAUAUGAGAAGGCUAACUUAAAAGAUGAUCAACAGAGAAAAAACAGAUUUAAUGGUGCAGAUUCAGAUGAAUCAGCAGAUAAGUUUGAAAGGAGAAGGAAACGGAGAGAUCAUAGUCAAACAUCACGAGGGCCUAGGAAUCAGGACAAAAACCAAAGAACUCGAGUUCAAAUUGCAGAUCGUGAUGACAGUGAGAACACAUCAUACGAAACUGAUGCAGACUUGUCAAGUGGCGAUAGGGACAAAGAUGGACAUCGGCGCAAAAGAAGGAAAAGCAAUGAGCGAGUUUCUGAGACUUCUAAAACCAUAGAUGGUUCUCCAAUCAGUAAGAGCGUAAUUAACGAUCCUGAUAUGCAUGGAAAUUGUUCCGACAGAAACAAGGAUAGACGCCCUAUAAGUGGUGAAAAGCCCAAAAAACAUUGGGAUGAGGUGCCUAAAGACUCGGAUAACCAGAUGAAACAGAAAUCUAAGUUGAAGACUGAUUAUGAAAGCAAGAAAUCUAGCACAGGAAAAAUUUGUAGCCGUCACUUAGAAUCAGGUUCUAGGGACUUCAAGACAGGGGAUAGUCACAGCAUUGAUUCCUUACAUAGUGAUGUAGUAUCAGAUGAGAAUCAGGAGGCCUCUAUUUCAGAUCGAUAUGUUGAGAGGUUCAAACCACUGGAUCUCAGCGAGCACAUCGAGAAAGAAGGCCGAUGGGAUCCUGAAAGAAGUUACGAUGAUUUUGAGAAACCUAGUGAGACUACAAGUGCUGUUCACUACGAUUCUGGAAGCCCUGUUCACUAUGGUGAAAGAAGUAAAACGGAUGUUCUUGGCACAGUGGACUACCAUGAUGACAAAGUUAACAAGCAAGAUCACAGCAAACACAGAAGCAGUGAUUUAUCCGAACACCGGAGGUCUCGAAGAAAGUCUUCUCGGCAUGAUGAUGAUCAGACUUAUAGUGAUUUGAAAUCUGAGAAUAAGAAUUCUGAUGAGGAUUACCUUCAGAAGAAUCUUAGGAGAACUAGUCAUUCUAGGACAAGGAGGCACAGACAUAGCUAAGAGAAGGAAACAUAUGCAUCAGAUAACCACCGGGAAUCCCAGAAGAUCCAUAAGGACACCUCUCAUGUUGUAGAACAGUGCUCUCAAAGUCGACCUUAACCCGAGAUCAAGGCUCGAAGAACUCCCAAAAUGCUAUACUAAUAUUGAUAUGCUCGUUGUAAAGAAGAAAACUUGCUUCUGCAUUUCCUUGAAAACAUGGUUAAAAAGUUCUAGGGAUAUGUUCGCGUAUCAAUUUUUAUUUUUGGGAUUUUUGGGAAUGGUCGAUUUCGACCCCAUAGGAAAGAAUGACACAAGGAGAAUGUGAUUUUGCUGGUGAUUAGCUGAAAUCAAGAACCUAAACCAACCUUUUGUUUUGGCCU